AUGGAGCACAUUCUACUCUUCCUCGUAGUUUUAUUGUGUUUUUCAUGGCAGUGUCAAUGCCUUAGACAAGCAGAGUUUUUAAAAACCAAAGUUAUCUCUGACACGUUUGAAUCAACGAAAAUGGGCGAGUUACAAACCACAAAUUAUAAAAUGUGUCUCUUCCAAUGUGUAGAAAGAUCGGAGUGUAGAAGGGCACUAUAUUGUCAGAACAUAAACCCGUCUAACUGUUUUCUUUAUGACGAGGGUGAAAACUGUCUUACCUCAUCUGGAAAUGAGAUCAACUGUAAAUGUUACAACAAGGUAUAUAAUUGUAAUGAGACAGGAUGUAGUUGUCCAAAAGGGUAUUAUGGUGACAAAUGCAAAUCAGUUGUUAAAGAUUGUAUUGAAGCAAGCGACAAAGGAUUUGACACUGGUAAAUAUAAAUUGGUCUUUAUUCAACCAACGACUUCAAUUCUUCCUUUUGAAGUUCAAUGUCGCAGUGGAGGUGCCAGAAUAUUAUCACGUCAAAUUUAUUCUGGUUUGCCAGUUAACUUCAACCGCACAUUGAAUGAGUAUGAAGAGGGCUUUGGGAACAGAGAAACAGAAUAUUGGAUCGGACUAAAAAAAAUUCGAGAGAUACUAAGAAUCGGCGAAUAUGACAAACUGAAAAUUGGCUUUUUUAACGGAAGCUAUUCUAAUUCAAAACAGGCGCAUUACAAACAUGUUUCUUUUGGAAACAAAACCACGGGGUAUGCUUUCAGUUCCAGUGCGUAUAUUGGAGACAGAAGCACUGCACCAGAUAUAAUGCUUGGUAGUGUAAAUGCUUUGGAUCAACCUUUCUCUACCUUUGAUAAUGACUCGACUGGACAUGCAUGUGCUGCUAAUUUUGGAGGCGGUUGGUGGUUUGAUAAUGAUCCUUAUUGCUCUUUAGCUAACAUAAAUGGCCCCCGCUUUGCCUUAUCGUAUGGUCCAUAUGGUAAAAUCAUUGACCUUCAAAUAGAGAUAUAUAAGUAA